CUCCCCGCCCCCUCUCGCCCACAUCCACACACGCACACCCCCUCCCCCGCCGCCCGCCCCGCCGGCCCGCUCGCCCUCGCGCGCUCGGGAGGGAGUCGCGAGACGUCGGAGCGGCGGCCACGUAGCGCUGCGGCGGCGGCGAGGGCGGCCGAGGCUGGGGCUGAGGAGCGGCCCUGAGCGAGGACGUUGGGCAGGGGGAGGGGCCGGCCCGGCUGGCGGUUGUUGCUCGAGCGCCGCGGCGACAGGCGCCCGCCGCAGGGAUGUACCGCCGCGGCGGCGGUCGAGGCGGCGGUGGCGGCGGCGGCGGGGGCGGCCGGCCCGGAUGCCUGCAAAAGCCAUGGCUGGGCCAAGCCAAACUUGGGAGCUGGGAACCUCAACUGAGCUGCUCAGAUAAGAUGCUCCAAGUCCUUGCAGCUCUCUUCAGAAGGAAGAUCCCGAGUGCUCUGCUCUUGCCAUGAUACCAAACCUUUCAACCUAAUGCUUUGGUGCUGCAACACUGGAAGAAUUGUACACAGGUUUCAGGAAUAUCCGUUUUUCAUUUGAGUGAUUCUUUGCGGAUGGAAAAACGAUUAGAGUCUUAAUAAUUACCUUGUUUUAAAGCUAAUUUCUCUAUAGUCUGAACUGCUUAGAAUAAGUCAGGUCACCUACCAAUGAGCCACACAGCCAGUUCUUGUCAGGAGCUGGUUGAAAACUGCGCUGUGCAUGUAGCAGGGAUGGCACAAGAAGAUAGCCGUCGUGGUCCAGUGCCAUCCACCUUUUAUCAUGGUGCCAACCAAGAACUUGACCUGUCCACCAAAGUGUACAAAAGGGAAUCAGGCAGUCCUUAUUCUGUGCUGGUGGACACCAAGAUGAGCAAACCCCAUCUGCACGAAACUGAGGAACAGCCAUAUUUCAGGGAGACAAGAGCCGUGUCUGACGUGCAUGCUGUCAAGGAAGACCGGGAGAAUUCUGAUGACACAGAAGAGGAGGAAGAGGAGGUCUCUUACAAAAGGGAGCAGAUCAUAGUGGAGGUAAACCUUAAUAAUCAAACCUUAAAUGUAUCUAAAGGGGAAAAGGGUGUCUCUUCCCAGUCCAAAGAGACUCCUGUUCUUAAGACAAGCAGUGAGGAGGAAGAGGAAGAGAGUGAGGAAGAGGCCACAGACGACAGCCAUGACUAUGGAGAGAACGCAAGGCAGAAGAAGAAGGAGAAGAUAGUGGAGAAGGUCAGCGUCUCGCAAAGGAGGACCCGGCGAGCGGCCUCGGCUGCCACAGCUGCCGCCUCCCCUACUCCCAGAGCCACGAGAGGGCGUAGGAAGAGUGUAGAGCCACCUAAGCGUAAGAAGCGGGCUGCAAAGGAGCCCAAAGCACCAGUCCAGAAAGCUCAGUGUGAAGAGAAAGAGACUCUGACCUGUGAGAAGUGCCCCAGGGUGUUUAAUACUCGCUGGUACCUGGAGAAGCACAUGAACGUUACUCAUAGGCGCAUGCAGAUUUGUGAUAAGUGUGGCAAGAAGUUUGUCCUGGAAAGUGAGCUGUCCCUUCACCAGCAAACAGACUGUGAAAAAAACAUCCAGUGUGUGUCCUGUAACAAAUCCUUCAAGAAGCUAUGGUCCCUUCAUGAGCAUAUCAAGAUUGUCCACGGAUACGCAGAGAAGAAAUUUUCCUGUGAGAUUUGUGAGAAGAAAUUUUAUACCAUGGCUCAUGUGCGGAAACACAUGGUUGCACACACGAAAGACAUGCCAUUCACAUGUGAAACCUGUGGAAAAUCAUUCAAGCGCAGUAUGUCACUCAAGGUGCACUCCUUGCAGCAUUCUGGAGAGAAGCCGUUCCGAUGUGAGAACUGUGACGAACGAUUCCAGUACAAGUACCAGCUGCGCUCCCACAUGAGCAUCCACAUUGGGCACAAGCAGUUCAUGUGCCAGUGGUGUGGUAAGGACUUCAACAUGAAGCAGUACUUUGAUGAACACAUGAAAACACACACUGGAGAGAAACCUUUUAUCUGUGAAAUCUGUGGCAAAAGUUUCACCAGUCGCCCCAACAUGAAGAGGCACCGCAGAACGCACACCGGGGAGAAGCCCUACCCAUGUGACGUGUGUGGCCAGCGCUUCCGCUUCUCCAACAUGCUCAAGGCUCACAAGGAGAAAUGUUUCCGGGUGACCAGCCCUGUGAACGUGCCGCCUGCUGUCCAGACCCCACUUACAGCAGCCCCCGCCACUCCCAUGCCCUCGGUGGUGAACACCCCGGUGACUCCGGCCCCUCCCAUCAACAUGAACCCUGGCAGCGCGCUUCCCCCCCGGCCCAUCCCCCACCCCUUCUCGCACCUGCACAUCCACCCACACCCACACCACCCGCACCACCUUCCCAUUCCCCCGGUGCCUCACCUCCCACCGCCUCCAGCCCUCUUUAAGAGCGAGCCUUUAAAUCACAGAGGCCAGAGCGAGGACAGCUUUCUGCGGCACCUGGCAGAGAAGACCAGUGCGCAGCAGCCGCAACCGCAGCCGCCGCCGCCGCCGCCGCCGCCGCCGCCACCCCAGCAACAUUAG